AUGGGACGCUGUUGCGUGCCCAACUGCAAGGGAAAUUACGACAACAGGCCUAAGGUCUGCGAGCUUCAUUUCAAAGCGGAGCACCUUCGAACGACGUCAAAGUACACCGACGGCGAUGGGUGGACUAUUGAGGUUCCGAUGAAGCUGACCCGGCUGAUGCCUGAUGCUGCUCCUACCAUUUUUCCUGGAUGCCCGAGUUAUCUGUUUGAUUCUCAAACGUCACGAGAAGAGCCCGACGUCAAGCGAAGGCGAAAGGAAAAUGAACAGUUGCUCGAAGCUAUCCAGGAAUCAGCGCUGGCAUUUGCUGCAGAGCAGGACGAGAACAAGGUCGAAAACUUCGAAGAUAUAACUUCUAGGCUGACUCGAUUGCAUCAAAAGAAGUUCUGGUCACAAACAGUCCGCGAAGGUUGCGUCAUCUUCGCUCACCGUGCUCUACUGACAUCGAACGACAACCUGAAGAUUCCGGAAAAAAUCCAGGAUUUUCGCAGGUUAGUGGAGCGUUUAUGUAAUGUGGAGGACUUCUGCACGACAAAAGCACCCCAGGAGGUCGUUGAAGUGAAUUCAACGCUCCGUCUUGUGUGCACCCAAUUGCAAAACGUUACAACUGAAGGGUUGGUAGACGAUGAGAGGGCUGAUGUUCUGAAAUUUCUUAAGGAGCAGUGUUUGAUUUUGUCAAAGAAAAUCAAUGGUUUGAGCUACUCCUCUGAACUGUUAGUUCUGGCUAGCAUAUUAUUUACCAUUUCACCACAUGCGUACAGAUUCUUACGAAACAGCGGUGUGGUCAUUUUGCCACAUCCUAGUACUGUUAAAAGAGUGUGUGGCCGACAUGAUGUUAGCCCAUUACAGGAGCAGUUCGAAGACGGUUUCUUGCGGUACGUGAUCAGAAGGGCGAGUUCACUGAAGUCACAGGAGCGAAAUGUUACGUUGAUGGUGGACGAGAUACAUUUGCAGCAGUACAUUGAGUAUAAAGGCGGCUGUGUGACAGGCUCUGCUUCCAACAGUGCUGAGCCAGCAAAAACUGCGCAUGUCUUCAUGGUUCAGUCUCUUCUGUCGUCCUACAAAGAUGUAGUACAUGUUCUGCCGGUGUCUAUAAUUACAGCGGAGGAGCUGCAUGAUGUUCUCAAUAAGAUAAUCAUAGGCCGAAGAUGCUGGCAUUCAUGUAGUCGCAGUGAUAACUGA